GACUUGCUUCUUACAAGGGAAGGUUUGACUCGCACAACGAAACAUCUGAAAUGAAACGCACUAAGUUACCGUUGACGCUGAUAGUAAUUUUUAGCUCCUUGUCUAUGUACAUCGAGCUCUCGUGUGCAAGGUCUUACAAGGUAAACAAAGUUUUCUGAAUGUAAUCUGUGUUGCAGUCCCUGAUUACAAUUUUGAUGUCAUUUUUUGCAAUAUACUAUUUUUUUCGCAAAAUUUUAAGGACAUUCACCAUCUACUAACUGAUGACGAAAGGGAAAUGAUUUUUGGACAUCCAUUUGUAGAAUAUGGUGGGUACCAUUGCAUGAAAGCAGUUUUAAAGUAAUAUCUUUUUUUUGUGAUAUAUGUAUGUAGUUAUUGCAAUUGACCGUUGAACCAACUGAAAGAGCCGUAAUUCAAAAUUCAAAAUUUGAUCCCGGCUGCCCCUUUAAAAUUGCAAUUUUCAAAGUGAGAAAAAAAUAUGAUGUUCUUUGCCUUCUAGUGUUUCAAUUACUAGGUGACUGAUACUUUAUAUUUAAACCGUAGACUAAAUAUUUAUGCAUAAUUCACGAUAGGUCAGGUAGAAUGCUGUGUCAAUUAUUUUUGGCAGAAUCCUAGUCCUCUUCCGGAACCCACCAACAUAACGCCAGUUUCCGUUGGGAACUUUUUUUGUAUAAUAUGGUAUAAUAUAACACCUUGAAGAAGAAAAAUGCAAAUUCAUUGUGUUCUCCAACACCAUCGAUCCUUAGCAGAACUAGCAUUCAUGUUUAAUUCAAUAUAACAACGACUUAGUCGCUUCAUCAACGAUGAAGUUCAUUUCCAAUGUUUGUUUUCUUUUCUGAGGACUUUGCAAGUUUAAUUUGAUUCAAUUCUAGUAAGCUUUAAUUGAAAAAGCCCCAGCAUUCCGCGUUACAUCUGGUGGCAGAAGACGUUACUCGCCCGUGGGUACUCUCAAUAGUUUUUGAGUCGUUUUGGUAUAGCUACAGGCAAACUGUUUGAUCAUUUACGUCUUCAAUCAGUUACGAUUUUCAAAGAAAACAUAUAAACGGGUUUUUGAAUUUAACCGCGAAUGACUAUAAGUAAAAGAAAUGAAAAAGAGAAAUGGUAUUUUUUGGUUUGAAACAGAGUCAGGAUUUGGAACGGUUGGCGACACAUUUUCACAAGAAUUCCGAUGAACAACCCCCCCCUCUCCCCUGCAGGGAAUUUCGAACGCCAAGCCAUAUGUCGUCCACCAAAACCGUUAACUUCUUGACAUUCCGUGACAAUUGUUCCGCCUAUGAAUUCAAAUUUAGGUAGUCAUGCAUUAACUUCAUCCAGGGGUCUAAUGAGUCGUGUCAGGAGCCCAUUAAGUAAUGGGCUCCUGGUCGUGUGUCUUAAUUGUAACUGAAACAAAAGUGAUUGAUUGCUAAUUUUUAAUGAUAGAUCGAUUUAUGCUCAGAAGCGGCAAAAAUGGAACAUAAUCAUAAAAUGCACAGUACGAUGCUAUUAAUUGCUCUGCUUGGGAAAAAAAAGAAAAAAGGUUGUGCAAAAAGAAAACAAAAAGUUAACCGAAAGCCAAUCAGGCUGUAAUUCGUUAGUUCUAGACUCUAAUAAAUUUACGCAUCAUUCAAUUUAUUUACUAUCACACUUUCGAAAAAUCAAGAAUUUAAUUUAAUUCCUAGCUCUUUGCUAUUAUCGAUUUAAUGUUUUUGUUACGUAGCGAAUCAAGAUAGGAAGGCUAGUCAACCCAUGCGUGACGUUUUUUACUAUUUUCCAAAAAUGCCGACGCAAGAUAAAAACCAGAAAACUGUUUAGAAAAGCAGUUAAACAUCUUGCAUUUUUAACUUCACCCACAGUUCCAGAGUUCGACGUCUCCCAUCCUGUUCAAGUUGAUGAGCGAGGUAGAUUUUUAUCACGUGACUUGGCAAAUGGGAACGCUCGGCGAAAGAGAGACCUUGACGGUACUAAGUCGAAAGAACCCGUCUUCUUUAAGAUCUCAGCGUUUGGUCAAGAUCUUCACCUGAACGUCACAAUUAAUGAUGAGCUUUUUUCGCCCAAUUUUGAGAUCGAAAUUCGUAGUAACGGCACGUCGGAAUUUCAUUACAAGAUUGAUCAUUGUCAUUACACUGGACAGGUGGUUCCCAUAGGAGGAACUGGGAACAAAGUGGCCAUCAGCAACUGCGAAGGACUGGUACGUAGUGCCGUUCAAACACAUUUUUUGGCACCAGAGGCGGUCGCUUUUCAAUAGACAAGUGUAGUAAUUGACAAAGUCUGUAUAAGCCGCAAAAAUAAUUUCAAAAUGGGAGAAAUUUAUGUUGACAUGGAGAACACAACUGACGAUAAUAUACGUUGCAUUGAUGCGAUUCGAGUUUUGCACGAGAACGUUUUCAUUCACGGUUAUGCAAAGCAUAAGAACAAGUUAGAUCGGGGUUCGAUGAGCAUAUUCCGUCGCGUUUGCCCGGCUUCAACAAUCCUGGGAGAGAUAUCGACAGGAAAAAGGCACUUUUCAAUUCAAAAACUGGUGAUAACCCCUCCUAAUCUUGUACCCAGAUCCUACCACGUUACUGCUCCACUGUGGAAGGACUGGGUACGAGACUAAACCCUUUCAAAUUCCAGGGAUGAAAUUGUUUUCAACCUAACUUCUAAACGCGCAGUCAGUUAAUUUGUUCAAUUCUAUUCCUUGUACAGCAUGGUAUGAUUCGCACGCCACAAGACGUUUUUAUGGUACAUCCUCUGCCCGAUCGACUUAAACUGGGAAAGAAUAACACUCGAGCCCACGUAAUCCACAGGAGGUCUUUAUCACCCGCGCAUGCACAGUCACUGGCACAGGCUCUCGAGGAUGAGAAAAGAUCUGAUAGCUGGUGUGGAGUGGAAGGUAUUAAUAGAGACCAUGGGUUUCUUUUUUCGCCCUCAGCAUUGGCUGCACUUUUUCUUUCCCUUGAAGGGGGCUCUCCCAGUUUCGCGUUUCCCUCGUCUUCCCUCCCACGCAGAAUAUUUCCCUCGAGGAAUACAGGCUAUGUAUUCCCUCCCAUCUUUUACAACAGUUGUAUGGUUAUCGUUUAUUAUCAUGAAAUAAUGGGAGGGUACCUACGCGGCUGUCGUGUCGAAAUCCAUGCUGUGUUCUAUUAAAAAGUAACAUCUUGUGAGAUGAGCAUUAAGUGAGAUAUGCCCGACAAAUUCUUCGGAUUCAUGUUUUUUCGCUAACUGGGUUAUAAGUGAAUUACGGUGAGUCGAACAGUCAAGAAAAAAAAUCAUCUCAGAAAGGAAACGUCUCGGUUACCCAACCCCCAGCCCCUCAAACGCAUCGGUAUCAAACUAGCAAACACUUUUUGAUAACCUGAUUUUCUAGGCGGAGCAGCUGUUCAGCAGUCUGACGAAGAUGAUGACACCCAUACUAACUCCGAACGCUCUUUUCAACCGAGUGUAAAAAGAACCAUCGAGUCCAUGCUAGUGGUAGAGAAAGAGAUGACAAGAUUUUACGGUGUUCCUCAGAUAAAGAAAUAUGUGCCCACCAUGGCAAAUAUGGUAUGUUGCAAAAAAAAAAAAAAGGCCAUUCGAGUUGUUCUACGUAAUCAUACCUGUUUUCGUGGAAAGUACAAUUGUCGUGAGGAAUUGUUCCUUCGAAAUUUCCUUUUUUCUCUACGGAGGUAAGUUUGAAGUACAAAUACAGAGACUUGUUUCCGCUACAUUGCGAAUCACUCGGUUCGAUCGACUCCGCCCUUUUCUCUUUUAUCACAGCACGACAGGCUACCCAGUCUUUUUUUGUGUGUUUGUUCGUUCCCAGCUUAGCGCCCUUCACGCAUAACUGGUGCACCCAGUGAACAAAGACCUCUCAAACCUUCGUUUAAACGGGCCCUCAGUUCCAUUUUCACCUGUUAGAGAGAACUUGCCACUACAUACAAAACAAUAAUAAUCACUAACAACAUUCAUAUUUUAGGCUCACGGUCUCUUAGACGAUGCUUCCAUUGGGGCUAACGUCAAAUAUGUGGUAACCAAACUGUUGAUUCUGCAAAAUGACGAGGUAAGUUUUAGAUUUCACAGUCGUUGUGGUUAACUUCUGCCAGACUUCACGAGUGACUUUACUCUGAUUCUUCUUAUCCUGGUGUCAUCGACUUUCAUGACAGAUAAGCGUUUAAAAAUGUUUCCUCGCUAGUGUAACCGUUCCGUGCGGGGACGCAAGACGUUAACUUAAUUUUCUAAGAAAAAAAACCCUUUACUCUCAUGAGUAAGCUGCUACCCGAGAGAAGAAGAUAGUCAGAGGGAAAACUGAACAAACUGUGGUUUGUGCCGUUUUCAGUGAAUUUUCAAUUAAUAUUUGUUCUUUCCUCCUUCGCUUCUGCUAUCAAGAGAGGUUUGGUUAUCAGCACACAUGCCGCCAGUACUCUGGAUAGUUUCUGUAAAUGGACAACAGGACAAAAUAACGCUGACGACAAAAGUCCGGACCAUUUUGACCAUGCAGCACUGUUUUCGAAGUAAGAAAAGUCCACUAUAAUGAUAAUAUCGUCCUAGGUGUGCUUUGAUAAAUUCAAAUGGGAAAAAUUUCAAGAUAAUUGCAUAUAAAGCUACGUUAUUUUGAAGGCGGUAGAACUACGAAAACUGACUACAUUAUUGUAGCGUUUGCCGGCAUAGAUUUAUAAGUCGGUUUUGACCCUUGAUUCAAAACUUGAAACUGAGCAAGUUUAAGUGCAGAUGAAACCAAACACCAGAGAAAAUCUUUUCUUUAAACUAACAAUACCUUAUACCCUCCAAGUGCGACAAACUGGUAAUGAUGCAAAGUAUUUUGCAGGUACAAUUUUUGCAGAAACAAAGGAAAUGUACAAGACCAGGGUUGCGGAACGAUUUUAGGUAACUCAAUCCAUAUCUUUAUUCUUUAACUCCCAGAAGUGAUAAACAUGUAACUUCUUUCAGCAAUAUCCGCACAUUAUCCAACAAACAGGUAAUAAGAAUAUUUAAACUUAUCAGGUAGUAGUCGUUAUCUUGAUCUAACAUCAAAUUCUCGAAACUUAUUUAAAUGGAAAUGUGUAACAGCAAACGAGGAAAAUUAACAAUCAGAUCUUGGAAGUGAAAGGGUCAAUCAAAAUUCUGUGCAAAAGAGAGGAGUUAACAGACUUUUCUGUUCAAUCAAUUUUUUAAUGGCUAAGAAUCUUGAAACAUUGACAUUUGUUAUUCUCUUUAAGGUUUGGCGCAAUUGAAGGGAAUGUGUAGACCAGACGUCAGCUGUACUCUAAACAAGGACACAGGACUAGGAACUGCGUUUACAUUGGCUCAUGAAACAGCUCACAAGUAAGUCAAUUAACAUUAUAUUGCUUUAAGCACGCGAUAACCGCGAUAUGGAUUACUUGUUGACGCAUGCGCACUUCAAAAGCCACUCCUCUGAAAAUUAACAAAUAUUCUUUAAUAUUUUGCUUUUAUUGAGCAUUAUUUAUUUGCCUUUUAUCUUAUAAGAGGUCAAUUUUUCAAAAAAUCGCGGAAUCGCACAAUAAGGGAAAACAGCACCUUGCAUUGACCUUAAUUGACCUAUCAUAGCGAUUUUAUCCACUGGUAAUCAGAUAAUUCAAAUGUACGUUAACCAUUCCUCUUCUUUUGCUGAGUUGGUCCAUAUUCAUCAACAAACAAAAAAAUCGAUACCAUACUCGCUCAAGAGAAAACGAUGCGCGAUGAAAAUGCUUAUUCAAUUGCAAUAAAUAACCAAAGAGCGCAGCCCUGAUCAGUUGUGUCUUCCUGUUUUUCCUUUGUCAGUCUCGGCUCUGAACACGACGGAGAGGGGAACAAAUGCAACGAUGGCGUCUACAUUAUGGCGACUAGGGCAAGUGGAAAAGUGACAGCGUUUGAUUGGUCGCCGUGCAGUAGGAAUUACGUGACAAAAUUUUUACAGUAAGAGGGGUUCAAUUUAUAUUCAACUCUACCAUGUCUACGGUUUGCAAUGGCUGUUUUCUGCGCUUUUCUAAGUGUGCACGACAUGAUAUAAUCUCGAUGUCAGAGGUAUCCCCAGCAUUAUAUCACCGUCAGUGAAAAAAUAAAAUGGGAAAAGAAAACUAGCAAUGCUUUCAAGCUGACUAAGACAAAACCACGUAGCAGUUCGUAAGCCUCUAUCGUUUUGGUAGAUUAUGAACGUGUGAACCACAGGAUAACCAUUGUCAUGAUUCCGAGGCACGAAUCUGUGAAAAUUCCUCUGUGAUAAAAUCAUUCAGAGUUUUACGGCUCCGUAAUAGGCAGGUUAAUUAGCUAUGGCUAUUUCCUCUAAUUAUAUUCUUUUUCUGUCCCUGUUUACUGAAAUGUUGCAAAUGGCGAAUAAUUUGUUUCUUUUUUUAAGAACGCAGCAAGCUAAAUGUUUGAACGAUGACGAACCCAAGAGCAAAUUUGUUAUGCCACAAGGCUUACCAGGAAAGAUUUACGACGGAGAUGCUCAGUGUGUGCGCAUGUUCGGAGCAGGUGCCAAAGUCUGCGAUAUUCCGGAUUUAAAAGCGGUAACUAUAAAAUUUGCGUUAAACAAUCUCUUUCUCGUUUUAAACAGAAUAUUUUCUUAAAUUACUUCAAUAGUAAACAGUGAGGGAUAUUGAAGCUUCGAAUUGAGAGGUGCAGUUUUUGAGCUGAAGUUUAAAGCUAAGUCCCUCGUUUGAAACGCUGCCAAAAAAGGAAUUUUCGUAUUUUUAUUCGACUUUCAGUUUGGCGAGGAGAAAACCUGCUCUUGUUUUGCCUAAUCGAACUUUUCUUUGAAGGUUGGGAGUGACAGAGAGUACUUGUAUAUGUUACAAGAACCGAAAUUAUUAGAUAUGACAUUGAUGGAUUAUAAAUACCGCUAAUAAAUACUAGUUUUGUGUAACUUACAACUUAAAUCUUUGUAUCCUUCUAUAGAAAAUGUGCGUCAAUUUACACUGCGAAAAGCCUGAUGGGUACUGCUCGUCAAACGAUGAACCAGCCGCUGAUGGAACCAAAUGCGGAAAUAAAAAGGUUACAUAUAACAAACACAAAAGCUUAUCUUGAAUUAAUCUGAAUUAGUAGAAUCAUAAAAAGCUUAUCUUGAUUUAUUCUGAUGAUCUUUUUCUGUCUCUUUAUCUUUCUCUCUCCCGUGUUUUCUUUUUUGUUGUGAUUGAUUCCUCAGUGGUGCAUGCAUGGUCGCUGUGUAUCUAUAAAAAACAAGCCGGGAUACCAAGACGUGGAUGGCAAUUGGGGAGCCUGGAAACCAUGGAGUAACUGCUAUCCCCAAUGUGGCCAAGGUCUUAGCACGAGGGAGCGUGCUUGCGACAAUCCAGCGUGAGUAACAUGAAGUCACCUUGGCCUUAUUUGAGAAAAGAUUGCUAUUAUCAUCAAAGAUUUUUUCAACCUGAUUUAGUUUAAACUGUUUAUUCGUGAUCGUAAACAACCCCUUCUCGAUCAGUGCAGAGUUGAAGAAGAAGCUUCGCCAGCUUAACUGCGAUUUCCUUUAAUUGUGCGAUCAAAAUAAUCAUAUGAUAGUUUCACAGAUAAUAUGAACCUUCUAAUCUGCCCCAGAUUUCUGUUGAAAAGAGAGAAUUUUCACUAACUUUUUGGAUAAACCUUAACCUUGAUGGAGCGAAAAUCUCCUCGGUCCUCUGUUACUUCCUCAUCAACAACAAGAAGGGUAAUAAAAUUACCUUAAUUUCUAUUUUGGAAAGAAGCAUCUGGUUAUGAAACAUAGCAAAUGAGUACUGUGGAAAAGUAACCACUGAACGGUAAGGCAGCCUUCAUAAGGUAAAAUUAAAAAUAACAAAUUAAUUAUUUUCAGGCCGAAGCGUGGAGGGAAACUAUGCCAAGGAAAAGCUAAGGAAUACAAGAUUUGUAACAACCCGGUAAUUACUUUUGAACAUUUUUGUCUGAACUUUUUUCACUCGCGUGCAUUUCAUCAUCGGUAUUUUGUCUUGUAUAUGCAGUUUUUGAAGUCAUGACUGCGGUUUAUUAUUCCACUAAUAUGUCGUUUUACCAAAUAAGAUGAAUGAGAACGCGUAUAAUAUACCACAAUAUUACGCUGGAGAACAGGGGAAAAACACGGAGCAACAAAAUGGCCGCACUGAACGAUCCGAACUUUGAUUGAGGCUGAUUUUUUUCAUUGAUGAUUACGAGAACAUUUUAAUGCUUUCGUUCCUAUUGUUUUCGCCUUUCGUAUACGAUGCACAGGUAAGGCCAAAGGUUGCUAUCGCAAAUUAAAAAUACUAAAGGUAAAAUAAUAGUGAAAUAACAAAUCCUCUACUCGAUGAUUUAGCAAAUAAUUCGAGGAGACAUUUUGCACGUUGCUCGUGCGUAUUAUAUGUUAAACCAGGGAAUAAGGUGUAUAUAUUAAAUGUCCUAAAACAGAUAACAACAGAUUACUGUUGGGCAGACAAAAAGCCUGUACAUACAAUCCUCCUGAAAAAAAAAAUGGAGUCUUUGUCCCGCUCAAUAUCUCAACGCUAUAUUGAGGAAGUAAUUUAGUAGAUGGUACGAUUUUUUUCAUUUUUAGAAAUGUCCAUCAAGCUUCGAAAAUCCAAGGAUGAAACAGUGUAAGGAUCACAGACAUGUACAGUUUCAAGGAGGCCCUUUUAACUGGAUCUACGAUCCAUACUAUGCACAAGGUUGGUCAUUCAGAGUCGUCACCAGAUUCACUCUUACUUUGAUACCAGUCACAGAUGAUGUACACCUCUGCAUAUUUUGGUUAAGGACAUUUGAAAUCAAUUUCUACUGAAUCUGCAGCGAAAGAUGAGCUUCAGUUUCACAAUGAGGGAAAUAAACAAGAAUUACACAAAGAAACAUAAUUUAUUGAGACAAAAGAAACAGAAAAGCAAAAUGUAACAUUAAGUAUAAAAAUGUGCAACCCAAACAAUGUUCGUGGAAUUAACCCUUACUGCAAGGGAAGGAAUCAAGUCACCCUGACAGAUUAAUACUAUCUUGUUAUUGUUUCAAAGUUGUCAAAAAAUUAGACUAAUUGUAUGGAGAUUUUAAAUUUGCGAAGUAUUGAAAUUUAACCUGCCACUUGCUAAAUGAAGUGUAGAUUAAAGCUAACAAAAAUUAGCGCCUCUUGGACCAGCGCGUGAUGGUUUUCACGAAGUAUCAAUUUCCUAAAAAAAAAUAGGUAUAUUUAGAAUGGCUUUCCGUUUUCUGUUUAAUCAGGAAGUCCUAAGUGCGUUCUAAGUUGCGCCACAACUAACGGAGAUACCACAUCCUUUGGAAACGUCAAGGACGGAACACCUUGCACUGACCAGCCUAACAGUGGUGUCUGUAUCAAUGGAAAAUGCCAGGUAAGGAACGAGGCUUGAGAAGAUCAUACACUCAAGGAAUGAAUUGGAGAAGAAGGCGCCUUUCCUUUAGCCCGUUCACUGAACAGAUGAAAUGUGUGCGCUUUGGCUGUCAAGUUAUACUGUGAUUAGCAUGGCGAGAGUGCAUUUUGAAAGACUGUUGUCAAUACUCUCCCUUCAUACUGCAUAAACGGAAAUUAAUAUAGAAUGGGCAUUAGAUCUGACGGAAACCUUGCGAUCUUUAUAUCGAAAAAGAGUCUGCAUAGUUUUCGUAAGAUUGAAUGCACUAGAGAUAUGCGCAUACACCGGUACAAGAAACUAUGAAAUAUUUUAGCCAUUGUUUAUAGAAAAACCAUCAUCUAAACCACCUUCAAUUCAACGAAACGUUUUAACUUAUAGUUUAACUUUAAACUUAAAGUUAAGUUUGUUACCCGUGUGAAGACAGCUUAUCGCUUACCAUGAAAAAUUAGAAAACGAUCAUUUUACUUCAAGAGGUCAAUUUAUUACGAAUAAUCUUCCGAUCCACUGAUUAUUCCAAACCGUAGCCUAAGCUGGAAUGCUGAUUAUUAAAAAACUGGGCUUAAGAUCUAUUUAUAAUGCGUAUCUCGCUUUGAAAAUUUUCUCUCAAGAAACCAAAGCCCAACAAGAGUAAGCCCAACAAAAGUAAACCCAACAAAAGUAAACCCAACAAAAGUAAGCCCAAUCCCAGCGGUGCUGCGAAGAAGACAACUUUUACAUACAGCAAAGUUCCACCAGCAGGUAAGUUCUGAUUAUGUAAUAAGCUCAGUUAUGCACGCAUUCUGAUUGCUUCUCACUUAUGAUCUAAUGGAGGACAGACGUAUAGAUGACGUCAUCGUUAAGACUUUUUUCCUUACAUUUUAAUUCUUUAUUAUAUAAAACAAAUAGUUCCACCAGCGUCUGUUCAAAUUCUGAAUAAAGUAGAAAACAAAAAAGUAUAGAAAGACGCACGGCAACUUGGAAUCUAUUUAUUAAAUAGUAGAAAACAAAACUAUAGAAAGCGGUGACCAAGGUCUGUGUAUCCUCUCUCUAGUUAAACAUAUUAUGUCAUAUUUCGGAUACUUAAAAAUAAAAAGAUGAAAAGUCCUUAUUCCACACUUGAACACUAGAGUUCCUUGUUCCAGUCACUGCGCGAAAGGGAGUCGGGGGGGGUGGUGAAAGACCGGAGCAUAUAGUUACUUUGGCGCUUGACAAUUGAGUGAUCAGUCUUUCACAAAUCACUAUGAGAUGAGAGGGGGUUUGGUAUCAUGCAACCGUGUUUUAUUUAGUUUCAUUUCAGGGCUUUCCUUAAUUGAAAAAUUGACAUUUUUUGUUGAUAAAUACUAAGGCUUACCGCUAUAGGCGUUUCAUUACUUUUAGUAAUGAUAUAAAACACUGAACACUGGAGAAGUGAGAGGGAAGGAGGGAGGGGGUAGUCUUGCACUACUGCCACACAUUUCUUCUGCUUAAUCUUUUGGCAUUUAACAAAUCUGCCCAAGCACUUGCAAUUGCGUCUAAAAGAUUUCCUAAACAUCUAUAUCAUAACUCUCUCAGAAUUAUUGAUUGCUCUUGCGUUUCAGAUGAAUGGUAUGUCCCCAUCGCAACAAUUCCAGCUGGAGCAAGGAAUGUCAAAAUCGAAGAGGCGACAGCUUCUGAAAACAACUUAGGUAAGUAUGGCAAAAGAAUUAAACAGAAUAUUAUUCAUUUCACCUUCCUUUGCGUGACAGCGAGCAUGAGAAAAAAUACUUACGUGCUUUUGACCUCAACGAAUCUCAAAAUUUAUCGGGCAUUUUGGCUUUUGAAGUUACGACAUGAUGUGUGUGACACAAUUUUGAAUUCUGAUUGGUUCCUUGCGAUUUCUUUUAUAGUCGCAAAAUCACGUGACAAUGGGUCUACGCCUAUUUCUUCAUUCAUAACUUCAUGUAAUUUCUAAAGGAUCCCAUUGUGCCAUUUGCCAGCGUGUCACAUACAGACGUACUCACUUGGCUCGAACUUAAUACACUACUACUUCUUGUUAGGCGUUUCGAAUGUACCUCUCAAAACUUUUCUCUGAACGUCUUCGAGAGUUUGAAUCGAACAUUCUUACCAAAACAAUUUUUCAGUUACUUCACCUUGUAUUUUACAAUUCAUGGGUAAAGCUGCAUCAGUUAAGUUACCUGCCACUUCUUUGUCUUAAGCAAAUCGGAGCGGUGGAAAAUUAUGGUAAAACAAAUUAUGUAAGUGUCGGGCUCAAAAUAAUCUCUAAAAGACAUGAAUGGAAACUACUUGCUGAAUUAUACAAUGUUUCGCCGCUUCAGUUUUAGAGGACGCUGACUACAACCCUGUUCUUGAUUACGACUCGUACCUUGCUGAUUUUGGUCCAAAGACAUUCACAGCGGAUGGAAAUAAGUUUAAGUUCCGGAAAAGAAAUCAAAAAGAACUCGUCGAGGCUAAAGGCCCACUGACAAAGAGCUUUGCAUUACUGGUAAGUAAAAAUUGUUUAAAAAAAAUGUGCUGAAUGUGAGUAGGUAAUUCAGUAUUGCUGGCAUAACGGGAACAGCUGUUUCUUUCGAGAGUUUUUUUACGAAAUGGCAUUUCAAUGUACUUUCGAAUUUUCUUGACCAUUAGCAAGCGGAAGUUAUUGAUUUGCAAGGAGGGACUUAUAGACUUUACUGAAAUUAGCUGAGAACAGGUCGUUAUCACGGGCUAUGAACUGAUAACGUUGAUAACGUAAAUGAUCAAUUCAAAACAAACUUCGUCAAUCAAUUGAUUUGAUAGUUAAGUAAUUGAUUUAUCAUAAUUUUAUAACUUUUUGCUCAUUAUAAUCCUGAAAGAGAAGAACACGCAAUUAGCAAAGUAAUUGGGACAAGAACUUUCGGCGUUAAAUUUGAGGGUUGUGUGAAUGUUCCUGUGCUUUAUUCCAUUAAUUUAAGCUUUGAUUUAUUUUUCCAGUAUGAGAAAGUGGACGAAUAUUCGAAAUAUACGGUGAAAUACGAAUACAUUAAACCUGAUGCCCAGUCCACAAGGAGUCUCGGCCUCGGUAGCGAUUUUCCUGAACUCGUCCGGGAGAUUUACGAGUUAGAUGAGGAGCUUGGGCAGGACGACGAGGGCUCAGGUGAAGCGAGGUGAGGCUGAAGGUGUUUAUGCACAUGCGUUGUUGUUCUAUUUGCAUUUCAUAUUUUAAGUACCCUGACAGGUUUGUAUUGGUCUGGAAAAUGGCUUUUAACCUCGCUAAACAUCUGAUUAGCAUUCAUCGGCUUUCUAAAAUAAACUUGUCAGAAAACGAGAUGUACCAAAACUUUGGCAAAGUGAAUGUUUUUCAGUGUUUUUCCGCUGGUAUAUGCAUUCUAAGCAGUCGAUGAUCACUAAAUAUUAUCCUGGAAUCACCCCAAGCUAGUCGAUUAUGAUACUGAAGCACUAAUUAUAAUAUUCAUGACAUCCGCGCGAGUUUUCGAUCGUUCUAAAAAUGCAGUUGCUCUUGUAGGUUACCUGACUAAUUAUACUAAACGAGAUUAAAUUCAGAUCUCUUCAGCAAAGGCUGUACAAUGAUCUCUCAGACUUCGUCUCGAGAAUUAUUCGACGAAAUUCACUGUGUCAUAUAUAUAGGUGAAAAUUUUUUUUGGUAAAUGAAGCGUUGGGCGGUUGAAAAGAAAAUCCAUGUGACAGUUUAUUGUUUUGAACUGGAAUUUAGUAAACAUCAGUUAUUGAAUCUGAUUAAUGCUCCGGACGUUCUACCACUGAGCUUGUGGCAGUUAGACUAUGAUACCCUCAAAAAGGUGAACAAUUAAUAAACAAAUCCACUUUAAUUAUUUUAACCUUCUAAUGGUUUCAUUUUCCAUCUAGGUGGGAGAUAGGAAUAUGGACUGAUUGUACAAAGAGCUGCAAUGACGGCGAGCACGGAAUGAGAACACGAGAAGUUUUCUGUGUGAUAGAUUCACAAGGUGUUGAGCUGGAAGUUGACGAUAGCAAUUGUAAUGAACCUAAACCAGCCAGCGAAGAAGCUUGUGGAAAUCAGCCGUGCCCGGCAGAGUGGUACACAGCGCAUACUGGACAGGUAAACCGCCGUCAGUUGAUCUUCUCGGUAGUUAGAAACCAUGAUUCAUUUUGAUUUUAUUAUAAAGGUUUCGUUUGUUUAGGAGAGCUAUUCAAAGCAUCCUACUGAGCCAAUCAAAGUGAUGGCUUUCAGUCUUUCCUUCGCAUACAAUACAAACGAAGCCUGAUCCCAAUUUUAGCUUCCCAGUUUCUUUUAACUGACAUCGUUGACUAAUUUUCACACGCUCGUAACAAAUUUCAUUGAAAUUCUCGCACUGACAGGUCAUAUUCCCUUGAGCUCUGCACGGAUGCCUUCUCAGCUCUCAGCUGUCCACCUCUUUCUCGCCAGCCGCCCUAAUUUCCGCGUUAAUGUUUACUUGUGAUGUUUUUUUCUGGGGCUUUUAUUUUGCCAAUUUUUUCUAUUCCCUUUGCAUUAGCCAUAUCUUGUCUGCAUUCAUCACUAACCGCUUUCCUUUGCACUUUUGAAAAUAGUUGUAUCCGCAUGUUACUGAAACGUUUCGUAUUUCAUCUCUGGUACUUCUUACCAGAACAACAUCCCUAACGCUAAUUCAAAGCUGCAGGACCUCCCCCCUUUUCUUGCAGCACAUUCAAAAGAAAGUUGUAUCAGUCCGUUUAUUAGUUGCUUUUACGGUGUUCCUGUAGUGUUCAACCUCGUGUGGCCCUGGUGUCCGACCCUUGGAGGUGGAAUGUGUGAAAAUAAACUCUUCAGGUGAAACAAACUCUGUGGAUCCAAAGGAAUGCACUGACAUUAAACCACCUACACAUGUGGCGUGUAAUGUUGAGAAUCCUUGUGAUGGUCAGUCGGAUGACGAGGAAUAAAUCAGGUAACAAGAGCUUUUACUUUGGAGCUGAUUUACAGCGGAUGACAGAAAUUGCAUACGAAACAAAUGCAAUGCUGUUACUGAUUUUAUAUUUGUGACGUAAGAAUUUUCUUUUUCUUCUCAGAAGCAGACACAACGAUAGGAUGAUGGAUCGAAGAAGAUUAAUGUAAAUAAUGAAACCUCCUGUGUUAGAAUUACCCUGAUUUAUUGAACUACAUAACGAAGUUUUAAUAUUUUCGUAGGAUAUUGGAUUAGUUUAUUAGAACAACACAAGUAUAGGAGAAAGGAACAUUUAUUGUUAGCAGAGGUGAACCUCUAAGGAUGAUCAUGAUCAUUGUUAGCAUUCGUACGGCUGAUUCUGCUGAAGCUUUCGUUGCAUGAUGCUUAAGAUUUUUUCUUUUUUUUUUUCCACGCAUGUGCAAUGCCACCUAUUGUCACGUGGUUCUUUUGAUUUCUCUGGCUUCUGCAACUUGGAUUGUGAUUGGCUAUCAAGUUAACAAGUAGUUUUUGUCGCGUCUAGUAAACUUCACAUAAUCUGUAUUCUGUCGCCCAUUGGUCUUGACGUCUGAAGGAAAUUUCGUGUUUCUAAUGUGGCAAAUUGGAAAAAAUGAAGGAACAUGAGGUUCCACAAGUUUUAUCAAUUAAAAGCAAAUCUAAGAUGUUGAUAAUUGAAUCUGGAGUAUUUCCGUAUAGAGUUUCUGGUAGAUUCUAGGCUAAUCGAUUGAUGAAUUCAUAGAUGGCUAUCCUGGGAAACAGUUUAAUUUGUUGAUAGAAAUCCUCUGACAAGUGAUUGAAUUCAAUAGAAUUUAACGUUUAGAAGUAUUUAUUGACUUUCUUUGUUGCCAGUAAUAACAACUUAGUCAUUUGUACAAUGUAAAUAGCAAAGAGUU